AUGGAAGGCGUAAGCAACAUUUUAAGCAUAGCGGGGAGUGACAGCUGUGGCGGAGCGGGCAUGCAGGCAGAUAUAAAAACGGCAAUGGGGUUAGGAUGCCACUGUUGUACUGCGUUCGUCGUUUUAACAGCCCAGAACACUAAGGAGGUUAAAAGGAUUGUAGAAAUUGAGGAAAGCUUCAUCGUGGAGCAGUUGGAUAGCAUUUUCGCAGAUGUGGCCAUCGACGUGGUGAAGCUGGGAGUUUUAUAUUCCAAGAAAGUCAUCUCCUUAGUCCAUGAGUACAUAAUAAAUAUGAACAAAAAGAGGGGGAAAAAACUGCUAGUAGUUUUCGACCCAGUGUUUGUAUCAAGUAGUGGGUGUCUCCUAGUGGAAAAUCUUGAAUACAUAAAAUUUGCUCUCGAUUUAAUAUGUCCUAUAAGCUGUAUAAUUACGCCUAACUUUUACGAGUGUAAAGUCAUCCUCGAGGCACUAGACUGCCAAAUGGAUUUAUCCAAGGCGAACAUGACUGAGCUGUGCAAAUUGGUGACGGAAAAGCUAAACAUAAAUGCCUGUUUGUUUAAGAGCUGCAACGUGGGGGAGAAUUCCGCGGAGGAGAAUGAGGUGUACGCAGUCGACCAUUUGUGCAUCAGGAGGGUUGGAAGUACACCUGGGGGGGAAGCAGCACAGAUGGAUGCAGGGGGAGUAACCUACCUAUAUGACGUGUACAAACUGAGGUCUAAGCGGAAGCCAGGGCUAGACAUACACGGAACGGGCUGUACCCUAUCCACAGCCAUAGCGUGCUACUUGGCAAAGGAGCAUAACAUUUUGCAAUCUUGCAUAGAGUCCAAAAAGUACAUUUACAACUGCAUCAGAUAUGCCUACCCCUUUGGGGGUAAAAGUCUGGGGCUGAACCAUUUGAGGGCAUCUCAAGAGUUGCCAACUUUUACGGACCUCGACGUUAUACCCAUCGUUCAGGGUUCCCCUUAGCGCAGGGGCGGUCGAGGCGAUCGCGGCGGUCGGGGCUGAAUUUUUUUUGUGGCGUUUAUUUAUGCCUCUUUUUUUUUUAUUCCUCAACAUGGAGGGGGUUUCCAUUUGGUUCACCAUGCAAAUGUGUAUACGUAUACAUAUACGUGUGUGUGUAGGAACGUCUGCACAUUUAUGUGCACGUUUACCAUUUGACCUUUCUUUUUUUCUUCCCCCUCCUCACGGGACAAUAUCUCCCUGUGCGAUGUUUUGUCCGUACCUUUGUAGUCCCCCUUUAUGGGCC